GUGAUGGGCGAUAUAUCCUCCACCUAGUAUUUGUUGCAUGCGUAGGACAUGCACAAUCGUAAGCAGAAAAAGAGAGCCGUGCAAUACUCUAAAUAGUUUCUAAAAACAACAUCACAGAUCUUAUAUUAUUCACUUUUGAGGUCCAAGUUAACUCAACCAUUUGUUGUUAUAUGUUGCUUAUAUUGUUUUAUAUUAUGAGGGCCAGCGAACCCGAUGAGGAAUAAGUAUUUGGCUGUGCGCAUCUUUCUUGAAAACAAAGCAUCUUCCUUCUCGAUUCUCAGCAUCUACGAAAUAUUCACACUUCCACUUGACAAGAUCCAACGGCUUAGCGUUCCUCUCUCUUCAUCCGACGGUCCCGGUUUCAAAUUCCUUCCUCUGUCUCUCUUACCACCUUUUAUAUAAACCACCUAACCAACCACCUCUCUGCUUAUCAUCAAGGCAAAAAAAACAUGGCCACUUUGGAUUCCCCAUUAGAAGCGUUGGCUUUCGAAUACGCUAGCUUCGGUGUUCUUGCCAUCAUCAACAAUGUUUGGACAUGGAUCGCUGUCGUGACGGCAGCCGUCAGCUUCUGGAGGAUGAGAGUCACCACCAUUGGAGACGACGACCGUCAUGGAUGUGGCUUGUUAGAGGAACAAACCGCCUCGAAAUCUGGACAAGAACCACAAGCAGUAGCUGGUCCGGUUAAAGAAACGGCGGCGGCUCGAGAGGAGGAAACGGUGGUUAUGAAAACGGAGGUUUGGGAGACGUUAAUGUGCGAUGACGGAGUGACAAAAGGGAAGAUGACUGUGUACUACGAGGUAGACGUUGACGGAGGGAGGGGUGGAGACGGGGACGGAGAGUUAACGUCCGCUGUCAACUAUGGAGGUGGUUUGGGUGAUUGUGGAGAGUGGUGGGAGAGAUGGGAAAGAGUGGUGAAGAUGAGAAAUGGUGAUGAAGAUUGGUACCGUUACGUGGACUUAAUGGUGAUAAACGGAAGUGUCGUAAGAUUAUGGGAUGAAAAAAGGAGCCUGUAACGGCGGAGGGUGUUUAAUUACUACAUGAUUACUUCAAACCUUGUUGGUUUAAAGUAUAUUAUUUUUGGUCGAUUAAGUUUGAAAUUUGUAGAUAAUGUCUCCCAAACAAGACCAGGAGCUCUUGAAUUAGAAUAAAUCAGUAUCAACUGUUUGUUGCUUC